AUGGGAGGAACAGUCAGUCUGCUAGUCCCACGCCAAGAGGACUCCCAUCUACCCAGAGAGGUGGUAAGUAAUCAUGCCAAUCAAAUGUAUAUCAGAUUUACUCACAUCACUGAUCACUUGUCCACACCAUCGCUACCCCUACCCUACAUUUCACAUCCUAGCUCUGAUAUGGCAGUAGCCCAUAGUAAUGGAGGCUUCAGCCAUAGGGCUAUUCCCACCCCCCAACACCACCACUAUGUUACUUUUUUGUCUGUGACCUUCUGUCUUGGACCUUAUCAUCAGUGCCACAGGGAUCCACAUGGGCUAUACCCACUGGGCAAAAACUUGUUGAAUCAACGUUGUUUCCACGUCAUUUCAACAACAAAUUUUUUUAUGUGAUGACGUUGAAUCAACGUGGAAAACGGAUUGGAUUUGCAAAACGUCAUCAACGUGAGGGAAUUUAGUAUCUUUUUCAGCCAGCUUUUAACUCAAUCCAAUCACAAGGUGAAAUGUUUUGUUGAUUUCACGUUAGUUGACAACUCAAACAUUUUACAUCAAAACUAGACGUUGAAUUCACAUCUGUCCAGUGGGUAGUUUCUCCAGACUUUAAUGAGUUUCCAGACUUAUCCCCCCACCCCACACACAGCUCAAACACUUCCCUCAGUCCCAGCUGGCAGGCCCCCUUUGUUUGAUGAAUGGCUGAUCUGAGGGAGGGCUCAUGGCAGAUCUCACUUGUUAAUACAAUCUGCAGGGCAGUGUCAUUCUAUCUGUAUAGGGAACAACUCUGUGUGUCUAUCUUUCUGGCUGGUGUUUUGUCAGUGAAAACAGUAUUAUCCUCCUCCCUCCCCUGUUUGUCCCCUUACCCUGGAGCCAUUAUAGAGCCCUGUCCCCUUAGGAUCAGUUGUAUACAGUGGGGGGAAAAAGUAUUUAGUCAGCCACCAAUUGUGCAAGUUCCCCCACUUAAAAAGAUGAGAGGGGCCUGUAAUUUUCAUCAUAGGUACACGUCAACUAUGACUGACAAAUUGAGAAAUAAAAUCCAGAAAAUCACUUUGUAGGAUUUUUAAUGAAUUUAUUUGCAAAUUAUGGUGGAAAAUAAGUAUUUGGUCACCUACAAACAAGCAAGAUUUCUGGCUCUCACAGACCUGUAACUUCUUCUUUAAGAGGCUCCUCUGUCCUCCACUCGUUACCUGUAUUAAUGGCACCUGUUUGAACUUGUUAUCAGUAUAAAAUACACCUGUCCACAACCUCAAACAGUCACACUCCAAACUCCACUACGGCCAAGACCAAAGAGCUUUCAAAGGACACCAGAAACAAAAUUGUAGACCUGCACCAGGCUGGGAAGACUGAAUCUGCAAUAGGUAAGCAGCUUGGUUUGAAGAAAUCAACUGUGGGAGCAAUUAUUAGGAAAUGGAAGACAUACAAGACCACUGAUAAUCUCCUUCGAUCUGGGGCUCCACGCAAGAUCUCACCCCGUGGGGUCAAAAUGAUCACAAGAACGGUGAGCAAAAAUCCCAGAACCACACGGGGGGACCUAGUGAAUGACCUGCAGAGAGCUUGGACCAAAGUAACAAAGCCUACCAUCAGUAACACACUACGCCGCCAGGAACUCAAAUCCUGCAGUGCCAGACGUGUCCCCCUGCUUAAGCCAGUACAUGUCCAGGCCCGUCUGAAGUUUGCUAGAGUGCAUUUGGAUGAUCCAGAAGAGGAUUGUGAGAAUCUCAUAUGGUCAGAUGAAACCAAAAUAUAACUUUUUGGUAAAAACUCAACUCGUCGUGUUUGGAGGACAAAGAAUGCUGAGUUGCAUCCAAAGAACACCAUACCUACUGUGAAGCAUGGGGGUGGAAACAUCAUGCUUUGGGGCUGUUUUUCUGCAAAGGGACCAGGACGACUGAUCCGUGUAAAGGAAAGAAUGAAUGGGGCCAUGUAUCGUGAGAUUUUGAGUGAAAACCUCCUUCCAUCAGCAAGGGCAUUGAAGAUGAAAUGUGGCUGGGUCUUUCAGCAUGACAAUGAUCCCAAACACACCGCCGGGCAACGAAGGAGUGGCUUCGUAAAAGAAGCAUUUCAAGGUCCUGGAGUGGCCUAGCCAGUCUCCAGAUCUCAACCCCAUCGAAAAUCUUUGGAGGGAGUUGAAAGUCUGUGUUGCCCAGCGACAGCCCCAAAACAUCACUGCUCUAGAGGAGAUCUGCAUGGAGGAAUGGGACAAAAUACCAGCAACAGUGUGUGAAAACCUUGUGAAGACUUACAGAAAAUGUUUGACCUGUGUCAUUGCCAACAAAGGGUAUAUAACAAAGUAUUGAGAAACUUUUGUUAUUGACCAAAUACUUAUUUUCAACCAUAAUUUGCAAAUAAAUUCAUAAAAAAUCCUACAAUGUGAUUUUCUGGAUUUCUUUUUUCAUUUUGUCUGUCAUAGUUGACGUGUACCUAUGAUGAAAAUUACAGGCCUCUCUCAUCUUUUUAAGUGGGAGAACUUGCACAAUUGGUGGCUGACUAAAUACUUUUUUUUCCCACUGUAUAUGGUAUGCAUCCCAAAUGGCACCAUAUUCCCUACACGGUGCAUUUAUUUUAACCGUGUCAAAAGUAGCGCACUAUGUAGAGAAUAGGGUGCCAUUUGGGACUCAGCAGAUAUGGACUCACUUGGUCCUUCUUCCAAAUCAUAUUAACACAGACCUUCUCCAGGGGUUGGUUAUCUGCCACUCUCCUAUCUGUACACAUAAUCUCACAGAGACACACGUGAGAGGGCACACAUGCACAUGCAGGACGUGCGCACACACACAUAUGCACACACACACACACAGACUGGGAUGUGAUUGUGCGUUUCCAUACAGACAGACCCGGAUGCACACACAGAUAGGCAGAGUCCAGCUCACAAACACACACACACACACAGACUUUUGUGUGAGCAGUUCUGGGGUGACUUUCCCUGUCUAGUAACAGAUGGUGAAGAUAGUGUCCUGCCCUGCUCCACCCUGCAAUCAGCAGGUAUGACAGUCUCCCUAUCAUUUGAGUGGCCAGGCAGACAGCAGGGUUUAGGCUUUAACCCUAACUUUACCCUAUAGCACUCAACCUGUCUCUGCGUUAACCCUAACUCUAUCAUUUGGUAAUAGGAUAGCAUGGCUUAGCUUUCAACCUAACUACGCUAUAGUGUACAGGAGGCCUCUGCUUUAACCACAUAUGACACUCAGUCUGCCUCUGAGUUAACCCUAUCUCUACCCUAUGGCACACCAUGGCAUCCUUACACCUGGAUGGACCUCUCCGGUUCACACUAGAAUCAUAACUUUUCGGUCAGAUGAAUACUGGCCUGGGUUAAGCAUUCUUCCUGUCUUAUUUGAAACCUAUAACAAAAAAGUAAACAACAAAACAGUAAUAGAUUUUUCCAUUACUUUUGUAUUUUUUCUGUAUUUUAUAUACCUGAGGGAACUCACUUGCUGAUUCAAUGUUAACAAUGUCUUAGACAAUAGAAGAUAAAUACAGAAAGAAUAAAAGCAUAAUACUAUACCACCUCUGGCCCAGCUCCCAUUCAGCAACAGAUUGAUGAUGGUUACUUCCUCUUCUCAACUGUGACUUGAUAAAAAAUCCCAUCUUAGGCUGCAUUCAGACAGGCAGCCCAAAUUCUGAUAUUGUUUUCACUUAUUGGUCUUUUGACCAAUCAGAUGAGCUCUGAAAAAUAUCUGAUGUGAAAAGAUCUGAUGUGAUUGGUCAAAGACUAAUUAUUGGAAAAAAUAUCAGAAUUGCAAUUGGGCUGCCUGUGAACGCAGCCAUAGAGACACAAUACUAAUCAUCUCUCCUUCUCUCUUUUUCUCUGUCUCUCCCUCUCUCAUUCUCUCUUCUUGGUUUAUCUCUCUCUCCUGAGAACCUUUCUAAGCUUGUGUAGAUGGGAGAGGGCUAGCUAGCGCACUAACACUUCAUUACUCUCCUUAGCAUUCAGGAUCUCAAUAAUCCAUACAAGUAUGUUCAUAAAAUUCAGAUUAUGAGGGCAGGGCUCCACCACUGAUAGUUAUUGCAAAUAAAUCAUGGGGGAGAGAGGGACUGGUAUUUGCCUCACUGUCACACACACACACUUGUUUAAGAUGUGUGUGUGUGUACGUGCCUGCCUAUAUGUAUAUUUGUGCACGCGUGUGUGUCACCAUAAACACAUCAUCCAGGCCCUUAUCCACCACAGUGGAGUUUCAAAUAAUAGUGCGAGUGAAUUACUAUAGGCAUGCUGCUGUCAGAGAAGGAGAGAGAGAGGACAUUUCUCAUAUUGACAUAAUACAUAUAAAUCAACAUGGAGAGGAUCUUGUUUGUCUAGUUGACAUUUGCUUUGUGAUGUUUAAUGUGUAAUGCUAUGAUUAUCUUGGCCCUCCCACCCCUAAGGGAGGGCAGCUCCCACUCAGCCCACUCCAAGCUCUUCUCUGUCCUGGCACCCCAAUGGUUGAACCAGCUUCCUGCUGAAGCUAGGAAAGCAGAGUCCCUGCCCAUCUUCCGAAAGCACCUGAAACCCUACCUCUUCAAAUAUUAUUUUAAAUAAUCCCCCUCUUCACCUCGACUCCCCCCCCCCCCCCCCCCGAACCAACACUUACACUUGACUCCCUCCCCUCCCCCCUUUCUAGCUCUGACUUUGCUGAUAACUACUUUAUUGAGGAAAAGUGUACUUACUAUGCCUGUGAUAUGUGGUUGUCCCACCUAGCUAUCUUAAGAUGAAUGCACAAACUGUAAGUCGCUGUGGAUAAAAGCGUCUGCUAAAUGACUAAAAUGGUAAAUGUAAAAAUUUUAUGUCAGUGGUGAAACCAGUACCACAUCUCUUUCAUUGGUAUAUUGUGAGAGGUGAUGUGUGUGUUUCACAGGAAUUAAUUUACUGUGCCUUGUGUUUGCAAAAACCCCAAAUGUGAAGUGUUAUGCAUGCUCUCACAACGGAUCAGAAAAGGUUAACGGCAAUAGUUCAGGGUUGAGUAUUCCUUUCUCUUUGUCUUUGUUAGUUUGAUUAGGUUUGCCUUUGCUGUCGUGCUCUCUCUCUCCACUGUGUCUCAGGAGUAGCAGAAUACAUUUUCAAAGAGCAGCGAGUGGGUGAGAGAGAACCAGAUGCUGCAGAACAGAUGGACCGACUUAUUGAUAGGGCCGUCAUUGCUAAUUAUUGAUGGGCUGGGCCGUCACCCUUUACCCAGUGCUGUCCAAACCAGAGGGGAGCGGAGAACUAUUAGCUGUAAAGAUGUUGAAUAAAUAAGGGCUUUAGAUCAAUGGCUGCUGUGCCGACUAUCGAGUCCAUGGUGGGUCUUAUAUGCCAGGAAUUAGAGCUCAGGGAAGUGGAUGAGUGGGGGUGAGUGGGUGUGAGGCGGAGUGAGGAGAGGUAAGUCAAUGAUUUGAGCUCCGGGGGGUUCGCCACCUGGUGGAGGGAGGUUAACAUGCAGGCCCUCUCUGGCCCCAGAGGGCCUAAUCAGUGGCCUGGAGGGGGAGGAUGUGAGGAAAGAAUCAGCUUGACUCUUCCUGAGUCAUCCCCAGUUUUGGCUCUGGCUGCAGACUAAGGCUGCAUUUGACAUGGCACCCUCUUCCAUAUAUAGCACAUCACUUUUGACCAUGGCCCAUAGGGCUCUGGCUAAAAGUAGUGCACUAUACAGGGAAUAAGGUGUAAUUUGUGAUGCAAGCCAUGCUGACAACACUGAUCCUCUGCUCUGCGUAGGCUGGGAAUUGGGAGUUCAUGUCAUGAAUACCUCAUGUUUUGCAUUAAGUACUUAUACUCCAUGGCUCUGCAAAACGCAUGUGUGUAUUUUUCAGUCUCUCUGUGUAUUUUAUUCCAGAAGGUAUUGUCAUUGUGUUCCUACUACUACUAAUAAUCAAUGUGUUUUUAUUGUCACAUACACUGAACAGGUGCAGUGAAAUGUGUUGUUUUACAGGGUCAGCCAAAGUAGUACCACACCCCUGGAGCAAAUUAGGGUUAAGUGCCUUGCUCAAGGGCACGUCGACAGAUUUUUCAUGUUGUCGGCUCGGGUAUUCAAACCAGUGGCCUUUCGGUUACUGGCCCAACGCUCAAACUGCUAAGAUGAGGUGAAGGAAGUGCCAUAGUAAGUAGCAUAGACAAGGACAAUAGUGAGUCCUAUAUUGAGUGAGACUAAGAGGUUAAAAACAUGGUGAUAUGAAGGGAGGUAGUGGAGAGAGAUAUUGAGAGAGACAGAGGUAAUGUAGAGUUGGAAAGAGAGACAGAAAGAGAGAGAGAGAAAAAUGUGAGAGAGAGCGAGAGUAUGAAUGAAACAACAGAAAGGGCCAGUGCACAAUGAGAUAAGAAUCUCCAACAGGCCUACAUCGAAAAGCAAUCACCAUGGAAAUAACAACAGCACAGGGGAAUCAUAGGAGACCCAACCUGUACUUGAUGAAACCUUACCUCUGCACUUUGCUGUGCUACGAUGCUACUCUAGUCAGUAGUCCCAGUCAACACACACACACACACACACACCUAGUCCCCAGUCCCCCCUUCUACCUCUCUGAAUAAUUCAUUUCUGCAGAUGCAAUUACCUACUACGCUAAGACCAGGAAUGGCAGGAGCCGCAGCGCGCGGUCCUGUGAGAACAUUAAAACAGCACAUCACACAAACACAAUUCUGACAUGCAAACACAGAGGCCAACGCCCCCCCCUGCCACAGCAACAACACGCCAUUGGCUGGUUUAUUUAUUGUCCCGUUUAUCUACCCAGCGUGCACCGCUGCUCUGUGUGCUUACAGCUGAGAGCGACAUGUCGGCACCCCGACGCUGCAAGCCAAGAUUGCAUUUCACCUUCCUCUCCUGUGAUAAAUAAGUCAAUGUCACGCCUCAGUAGCCAUGGCGGCUGGCCACACCACAGAGAAAUUAGUUACUUUAGCACCUAGUGCAUACCAGUUUCCUUAACAUUAAGUCAGUUGCACAAAACAUUUUAAUCCAAAUUUCCCCCUUAAAUUAAAUGAAAAAGUUCUUCAUUCUUAAGUGCUUCAUUCAGAAAGGAUAUCAAUGUAGGUUAAAAAGCAUUUGUGGAGGUGAAUGUUUCUUUCCUCUGCCCUGGUUGCAAAAGGAAAACAUCAACCAGCUAGCUAGGUGUAUAGCUGGCUACAGGGGCGGUGUGUUCAUUAGGGCGAUAUGGGCGACGCACUGCCAAACGGGAAAAGGAAGGGAUUUUUUUUCUAAUCAAUUAUAUCACGGCAACAGUAGUUAUCAGUGUUCUAAUCUAGACGUCUGAUCUGCCAUUAAAUGUCCAAUCAGGCUAAAGUCGUGCUUCAAAUGGACCCGCUCCUUUUGGGGCGAUUUCAGUCAGGUUGAAAAUCGCCCCAGAAGUCUCUCAUAGACUCUCAUGUAAAAUCUUUUUUUUUCAAAUAUCAGAGCUUUCAAUACAAUCUCUAUGGGUUCCGGGAGGGCUUGCACUUACGCGCUUUCGUCAUACGUAACAUAACCAUGAACGUAACUAAGAAAAGAGCGGGUAGCAGCGUCAAUCAAUUCACGUACUACUGUCAAGAUGGCUAGCGUUCAGUGCAACUCGAUUGUCUCUUUGAAAGAAGUUCCUUUUUGUCGGCGAACAAAUCAAGAUAAAUUGGCAACGAAACAAUUAGGACCUCCCAGACCAAAUUUAAUAAUUAAACAGGUUUCUACUAAAGGGGGAAAGUCCUACACCCGAGGAUUUUCCAAAAAUUGGUACGAACGAAAAACCUGGCUAGCAGGCUGCGAUGUAGCUAAUGCAGUCUUCUGCUACCCCUGCUUACUCUUUCACCCUGAAGGCAGCACGGCAGACAGCACCGCUUGGACAGCGACUGGUGUAACGGACAUGCACCAUCUUUCAGAAAAGAUUAAGAAACAUGAGCUGUCAAAGACCCACAUGGAUAGCUGUUUGAGAUUGUCUGCUUUGGGGAGAGUGAACAUUGCCACUCAACUGGAUGAGGGAUACAGGCUAGCUGUCCGCCGCCACAAUGAUGAGGUUAGCAAGAACCGCCACAUCCUCAGCCGGCUAAUCCAGUGUGUGAGGUUUUGCGGAGUGUUUGAGUUAGCUUUGCGAGGCAAAGAUGAAACUGAGGGCUCCACCAACCCUGGUAUUUUUCUUGGACUUGUCAACUUUGUGGCACAAUUAGAUGAGGUGUUUUAUGGAAAUGCAUAUUGUUUAUGCAGUGUUGAGGAAUGUGAAAGAACACCCUUGAUUAUUUUUACUGUGAUAACUUAUUUUGCUUUUGUAAGCCAACACUUUUGAGAUCAGUCAAUAAAUGCUUCUGGUAUUGACUUAUAUGCUGCCCCUGUCUUCAUGUUGUUGCUGGACAUAUCUUUUUUAAAAUGUGUGUAGGUCACCUAAAUCAUCAGAAAAAUUGCCCCCCCUGAGAAUUUUUUCAGGAGCCGCCACUGGCUGGCUAGCUACUUAGCUAAACAAUGGAAGGUGCACAAUCCAUGGCUACAAAGCUUGCUGAUUAGCUAGCUACCUACUCUGUAAGUUAGCUUGACGUGCUAGAAGGUAAUAAAAACAAGUUGAGAAAAAAGUAACUAAACUAAACAUGUUUUAUUAUCUUCAGAAUCAAUUUGUUUCUCCUUUCUUGAAUGUAGAAGCUCUAUUUUGCGAUCUCCCAAAAUAAAUUGUGAGGAGACAUUCAGUCAGUGAAUCAGGUCGUCUCUAUGGUAACCAGAUACUCUUUUUCCCAGUAUGCCCUUACCUAAGGAAAACGUUUGAGGGGCUCUAUGCAAUGCCCUUAAACAAUUCCCUUAGGUAAGGGGAAAUUAUUCCUUAAGGUAAAUCCUUAAGGGAAUCAUUUAAGAUAUUUUAUGCAAACGAACGCAGGCUAAACAAAAAAAGGCAACCCUGAUGAUGUCAUGACAAGUCCCAAUUUCACCUGUUGAGUUGGUUUAGGUUUAAAACUGCAGUCUGGUGGGUUUACUGUUAGAGCUGCAAAGUGGUUGCCCAACUUGUUGUCAUGAGUAAAGGUGUGUUUGUGUGUGUAGCUCGAUUACAGCCAUGUUCUCUUACAGCUGCAUCAUAAACAAUGUUUCAUAUUUAUAUCAUGAACAUAACACACAGCCCAUUGACCCGAAGUGCAUGCUUGUACCGUCAGUCCCUAUAUAGAACUAUAGAGGCUGCGUCCACAAUUAAACCCUAUUCCCUAUAUUGUGCACUACUUUUGACCAGAGCCCAUCAAAAGUAGUGCACUAAAUAGAGAAUAUUGUGCCAUUUUGGAUACACAGAGAGUGUGAUAUGAAGAACAAAUGGGUGUUAAAGGAACAUGAUGAAUCUAUGCUUCUCCAUGGUGACUAUUCUGUAGUUCUGGAUCACACCAGUGUAAUUAAGCAAUACGUUAAAACCUGUCUUUAUGAUCAUAUCACAGUUUUCACUGGUCAAUUAGCAUCCGUGUCUGCCAAGGAUUAAGAAUCUUUAAUUGCACAAUUAAUUACAGUCUUUCUGAAUGAUGAGAGAGAGAGAGAGAGAGAGAGAGAGAGAGAGAGAGAGAGAGAGAGAGGAGAGAGAGAGCGACGAUAGAGAUGAGAGGAGAGAGAUAGAGAUCGAGAAUAGAGAGAGAGAGAGAUAAGAGAUAGAGAGAGAGAAAGAGCUAGAGAUCUCGCUCUCUCUCUCUCUCUCUCGCGCUCUCUCCUCUCUCUCUCUCUCGUUCUCUCUCUCUCUCUCUCUCCAGAGCUAUCUCGGAUCUCUCGAUCUCUCUCAGAGAGACACGAUUAGAUGGAUGUGGCCCCUAUUACCCAAAGUCCUGUUUACCGUAGUCCAGCUAGUCCAAAUCAAAGUGGUCCCCACAAUGUUUUCUACCACUAAACUCAUAUACCAUUAAACUGUAAUGGCUGCAAUCAGAAUCGCCCCAUUUGAGAUCGCUCUGAACGUGUAAAAUAUCCCAUUUUAUAUAAGUCCCUUUAAAUGCAUAUUGAAAUAAAAGGCUGCUGGGUUGGUUCCCUGAAAUGUCUUUGUAAGCCAAACAAGCAUGCCAUUGUUUUCCUUUCCCAAACCACGCCAGUGAACCUUUAUAGCACAUUCCAGUUAAAUGGGCUCAAUUAUCCUCAGCAGAUGAUAUCUCUUGUUUUUUCCACAAUCACUCCACACUCUGUAUGAAGACAGCUUUUGUUGUGGUGCCAGUGAUGUAUUAGAAGAGGAUAAAGAUAAAUAAAUAAAUACUUAUGUAGCUGCAGUUCAUUGAUUUUGCUUUGUUGUAAGACAAAACAAUUGAUGAAACUUAACAGGAUAUAUACUUGUGCUUGUUUUUAAGUAGCUGUGUGUGGAACAGUAUUGUUGUGAAUGGGCUCCUGUGCAGUACUGUAUAUUGAGGCUUCUGCAGAUGCACCAAUGUUCUGCUACCCCUGGGAUCGGGGUGGGGAUAGGGAUGACGGGGUUCAGUCAGGAGUGUCAUGUUGCAUUGCUCUGAGAGUGCACAAUUCAGUAUCUGUCCACUUGUCUGUCCCCACAGCAAUGCCCCAUGAUUGGCUGAUUGAAGAAAUUGUUGUGUGUGGCAGAUGGGUGUGGUUCCAUGGCUUGGUCCUCUGAUCACUUACUCUCUCUGACCUCCUUCUUUCUGCUCAUCUACCUCUCCCUAGCCACCGCUUGGCUUGGCUUGGCUUAUGUUACCUGCCUCCUCCGUUCCUCCUCUUCUGCCUCCUCUUCCCAUCCGAUCUCAGAGAGAGAGAGAGAGAGAGAGAGAGAGAGAGAGAGAAGCCUAGCCCUUGGAUGAUUUAGAAUCAAAAGGUUUUAGCUCAUAUUACCCAGGAUGUUUCUUUAGAUUGUGAUAAACAGUGGUAUCUUUCAACAAGGCAGGACAUUCUACAGCAUUCAGCAGGGCCAGAGAAGUGUCAUCUUCUGUGUUAAUAUAAUUAGAUUUUUCGUAGAGUUAUGCUUUCGCCUUACCGCAAGGAUGAGGUAACGUGCUGCAACUUUUGCUAACAAAGUGGCAAAACUGCUGUUCUCUUCAUUUCCUUCAUAGAGUUGAGAAAUAUACUGGCUGCUACUGAUUUGAAAAUCAGCCAUCCAAUCGCGUUGCUUAAGAAUUAGUAUUUUAAUUUAUCUCUGUAUGAGAGACAAAACAGUAAAGGUGUGGUCUGUGCUCCUUUCCUUUUUAAAGGGGAAUAAAUUAACCCUUUCACUGAGUUCCUGAGUGAUCUAACCCUUCUUAAAUAAAGACCAGCUGUAAAAGUAUUAUUUCUCCUUAUUAUGCAGUUGUGAGAGUAAUGUUACAAGCAGGGGUUGGAACCAACAUUAUUUUCCAAUCGGUCCAUUCCGAACAGAACCCCUAGUUUUUUCGUUCUGUUCCAGUGUUCCAAUCAGGAAAUAAAGCUCUGAAACAGUUCGAACCAAAGAAAAGUAACGGUUCCUUUUACGUAUAUUGUUUUACCAGUGAAAUCAAAAUAGUUUUUACAUUUAGCUCAUUAAUUCACUCCACUAAUUAGCACAGAUAGAGCAGCUUGCUACGGAACUUGAAAGCUUUACAUGUUUGAUUGGUCAGAUAAGUGCCGGCACGAGAUACAUUUCACGGAUGGGUAGAGCGAUAGAAGGGUGGACAUGGAGGGGGCUUGGCUUGAAGCGCUGAACAUCAUGACAUGAUGUGAAUUAGAAUGUGUUUAGGCUAUUACUAGCAUUAUAACUUCACUGAAUUACUGAAUUAUAUACUAGAUAUUAGGAAUAUUUUUGGGAACAAAAAAAAAAGAGGUUCUAAAAAAUUUUUAAUAACGGUUAUGUUCCAGAACAAUAGAGAUCACUUUUGUUCCCGGUUCUGUUUCUGCUCCUCGAAAAUACUUUCUGUUCCCUGAACCGGUUCCAACCCCUGGUUGCAAAUGUCUUGGACGUAAUCAACCCCUGGCCUAACUUCUGAACUUUACAGUACAAGAAAGAUUAGUAUGAUUACUCACAAACACAGAAAAGGGAGAAGCAUUUGAAGGAAGGGGUGGAGAACGGUGUAGGGACUGACAACCCUUUGAUCAUAAGUACAUCUAUUACUCUAUUGUAAGUCUAUUAUUGGUUGUGUUGACCUUGUCAAAGUAUAGUCUCUCUCUCUCUUUCUCGCUCUCUCUCGUGCUCUCUCUCUCUCUCUCUCUCUCUCUCUCUCUCUCUCUAGCUCUCUCUCUCUAGCUCUCUCUCUCUCUGCCACCGAACAGCGUUAGCUCCAUCGAUUCACGCCAGUGUUUUACUAUAGCACUUAGCCUUCCUCUCCUGUGGAGAAAAAUUGCCAUUCUCCUUUAAUGGCCUAGGUUAUUUAACUUCUAUUGUGUUUGAAGCAGUACAAAAUGGUCCCAUGUCUUUUUCUCCCCAUUCAUUUUUCAAACCUUAUGGUCUUUUUCAUUUUCACCAGCCAGAUGAGUUUCUGCCUUGUUGUUUACUAGGGCUUUUGGGUUUUUGAUUAGUGCCAAUUUGGGUUCAGUGCCACACACUCACAUAAUUCAACGUAAAGUGUGGCGGAAGACAAUGCCACUCCGUUAAUGACUUUCAAACUGUUUCGGAGCUCACCACCUGUUUUCAUUAAGUACUUUUCAGCAACUAUUACCUGUAAUUACGCCUGCCGUUAUACUUGCGAGAGGUGGCGUGGUGCGCGGCGGUAUGGCGGCAUUGUACAACUGGCUGAUAAACAAGGUAGUUAAGGGCCACUUAUGAGGACUGAGGACACACUCCGCCUCCCCAAAGGUCCAAACCAGUACUCACCCAGCCUGCCUGAAGUAACAGUAACACACACCCAGCUGGUUGAAGUGUGAAGUUGGACAUACCAAAUGUUUUGUCACUCACCAUUGGAUAGAGAGAACUGUAGAGUAGUGUUAGACACUGUGUGUUUAUAACCCGUAUAACAGAUGUUUAAUGCAGGGCUUGAUUAAGAUGUAGUACAGCCAGUGAAUGGCAUUGAAAGACUAAUGUUUCCAUUGUUUGUCACAGACCCAUUCUAUGUAGGUAAAUAACGUCAUCAAACCCUCGCCAUUGAAAUAAAGGGCAGCAUUGAGUGAAUUACAGCACAACCCAGAAACUCCAGUAUAUCUGUGGCUUAGAGUUUGAAAUACAUUAUGCUGUCUAUGCUUCGUCGUUUGUUGUGUAAAACUAUGGAGACAGAUUAAGCUUGAUUAAGCUUCCUUCCACCCCUUUACCCUCCUGAUCCCCUUAAAUUAAUACUGGCUUAAUUCAUCCAACACAGACAAUAUAUAAAACCUGGCGAGAUAAUAGCCCUAUAGGUCAAGCAUGUUUACCUAGCCAAGUCUAUCACACACACGCACGCACACACACACACACACACCCUUCUGGGGUCUCAAGCUACCCAUCUACUCUUUAGUCUAGGUGACUAAGUCCAUUCUUCUGGCCCAGUGCUGGAGCCAGCCUCUCUCACUCUUUCAGUGUGGAGUGGUGUGUGUGGUGUUUACCCUAGCCAGCACACUGAGUUUGUCCCAAAUAGAACCCUAUUCCCUACAUAGUACGCUACUUUUGACCAGAGUGAAUAUAAUGCCAUUAUGUAGUUCUCUCUGUAUUAGGUCUAAUUGCACCGGAAUAGUCCUGAUCCACAUUGAGCCAAAGGUCACCCAUUAUCAGCAGUCAUUCGUCGGGUAAAGAAAGAAACAGAGCAAAAGGAAAUUCAUGUUUUAAUACUACUUAUCAUGUAUGGGCUUCUUUGCAAUUACAUCCUUGACUGAUAUUUUUGGGGGAUUUUAAAUUCCUUUCCAAUUAACUUUAUGUGACGAAAUUCGGGCGUGUGUGGAGAAAAGUUUCCAAUGCUGCAAAUCUUUUCACAGAAAAGUGUUUGAGGUGUGUGAAAGGGGGAAGGUGAUUACAUUUCUUCUCUCACUUUUCUCUUUCUUCGGCUCUCUCUUUCUCUCCUUUUCUGUACUCUUUAUCUCUCACCACACACACAAGCACACAUGUAUGCGCUGAUGUGCACGUACACACACACACUCACACACACACACACACACACAUACAUACACACAUACACACUACCCACACACACACCACACACACACCCACGCUGCCCUCAACCCCCACACAUACCCUGUUAGAAGGUGACAAGCAGCGAGGUAGAAGAGAGACAAAACCCUACUUUGUAUGCAAGGGUAUGGUAUGGUAGACUGCUCUGCUCUCCUCUGCUCUGUGUUUCCGCUCCGGUCCAUCCUGUGUCUCUCCCCUUUGUUUCUCUUCAGACAAUAUAAUUCACCCUCUCCUGUAGGACAAUGGGCCUUAAUGAAUGCAUACCACCCAGACAGACUAUUAAUUAAUAAUAAAGGACCCACUGCACAUAAUGGGCUGUGGCUAGGUGAAUCCUUUAGAGAGGAAUGGAUGGCAGCCAGGCAGGUUGUUGUUCCUGUGUAAUGGAAUGGCUUUGUCUAGGACUAGACAGGUGCACAGGGACCCAGUGUAGCUACAUGACAAGUAGUGCUGAGAAAAAGAGAACUCCACUGAAUACAUAUUGCAUACAAUACCUGAGCAGUAUGUUAGUGAACCUAUUGUUCCUGUUCACUCUUCAGAAGGUCGGUCUAUCAUUGUGCAAUAAUGAUUAUAUAGCUUAUCUUUGAACUAACCCAACACAUAUUAAAAAAAAAUGUGUUCACUCAAAUGAUGGUAUACUAGAAACUAUUCCUUUUGAUUGAAUAGGGUUUUAAGCUGUGUUCCCUUCCCUCACAUCAGGGUGGAGCUGCUGUCAGCUUGCUCUUCAAACUGAGGGUGUUUCUCAAUAUGCAUACUACCGUGCUCCACACUAUCAUGCUCUGAGUGCAUUCUCUGAGGACAUUCUAUUGAGUACGUUCUUGUGAGGACGAGAGUGUGAAGAACGCAUAAAACCUUUCAUUUAAGAAGCACUCACACUCCCCCUACUGAAUUACCUCAUGCUGCACCUCCCCAUUCACUGAACCUUCUUCCAGCCAGGACAAUAGCAACAAUAAAGACGAAACAAGAUAUACACAAAGCAAACAUUUUACUUUAAAAUGAUCAGCUAGCUAGCUAUACGUGAAUCGUAAUAAUCUAGCUAGCCAGCUAGUUAAACAGCCAAAAAUGACAUAAAACUAAUGUUAUACAAGGUAGAUGUCAAUUAUUCGUGGGUAGCUAGCUACAGUGCCUUCAGAAAGUAUUCACACCUCUUGACUUUUUGAAAAAGUGUUGUGUUACAGCCUGAAUUUAAAAUGAGAUUGAGAUGUUGUGUCACUGGCCUACACACAAUACCCCAUAAUGUCAAAUUAAUUAAAAAAAUGAAAGCUGAAAUGCCUUGAGUCAAUAAGUAUUCAACCCUUUUGUUAUGGCAAGCCUAUAACAGUUCAGGAGUAAAAAUGUGCUUAACAAGUCACAUAAUAAGUUGCAUGGACUCACUCUGUGUGCAAUAAUAGUGUUUAACAUGAUUUUUGAAUGACUACCUCAUCUCUGUACCCCACACAUACAGUUAUCUGUAAGGUCCCUUAGUCGAACAGUACAUUUCAAACACAGAUUCAACCACAAAGACCAGGGAGGUUUUCCAAUCCCUCACAAAGAAGUGCACUUAUUGGUAAAAAAAAAAAGCAGACAUUGAAUAUCCAUUUGAGCACGGUGAAGUUAUUCAUAACAUUUUGGAUGGUGUACGCCAAGGCACUACAAAGAUACAGGCGUCCUUCCUAACUCAGUUGCCAGAAACUAAGGAAACUGCUCAGGGAUUUCACCAAUGAGGACAAUGGUGACUUUAAAGCAGUUACAGUGUUUAAUAGCUGUGAUAGGAGAAAACUGAGGAUGGAUAAACAACAUUGUAGUUACUCCACAAUACUAACCUAAAUGACAGAGUGAAAAGAAGGAAGCCUGUACAGAAUUAAAAUAUUCCAAAACAUGCAUCCCGUUUGCAAUAAGGCACAAACGUAAAACUGCAAAAAAUGUGGCAAAGAAAUAAACGUCCUGUCCUGAACACAGUGUUAUGUUUGGGGCAAACCCAACAAAACACAUCACUGAGUACCACUUCAUAUUUCAAGCAUGGUGGUGGCUGCAUCAUGUUAUGGGUAUGCUUGUCAUUGGAAAGGACUAGGGAGUUUUUUAGGAUAAAAAUAAAUGGAAUAGGGCUAAGCACAGACAAACUCCUAGAGGAAAACCUGGUUCAGUCUGCUUUCCAAUAGACACUGGGAGACAAAUUCACCUUUCAACAAGACAAUAACCUAAAACACAAGGCCAAGUAUACACUGGAGUUGCUUACCAAGACGACAUUGAAUGUUCUUAAGUGGCCUAUUUACAGUUUAGACUUAAAUUGGCUUGAAACUAUAUGGCAAAACUUGGAAAUGGCUGUCUAGCAAUGAUCAACAACCAACUUGACAGAGCUUGAAUCAUUUUUGUAAUAAUAAUGUACAAAUAUUGUACAAUCCAGUUGUGCAAAGCUCUUAAAUACUUACCCAGAAACACUCACAGCUGUAAUCGAUUCUAACUUGAUUCUAAUUUGUAUUUACUCAGGGGUGUGAAUACUUAUGUAAAUGAGAUAUUUCUCUUUCAUUUUCAAUACAUUUGCAAACAAUUCUAAAAACAUGUUUUCACUUUGUCAUUAUUGGGUAUUGUGUGUAGAUGAGUGAGGAAAACAAUUAUAUUUAGUCCAUUUUGAAUUCAGGCUGAAACACAACAAAGUCAAGGGGUAUCAAUAUUUUCUGAAGGAGCUAUAGCUAGCAAUUCUUCGUGGCUAUCUGGCUAGCUAACAGUAGUAGCCAGUUAGCCCUGUUGACUUACUAUGGGCUUGCAAUCUACACACACUACAGUGGGUAUUGUAGGCAAGUAAACAUUCCAAAAUUAAGACCGCAUGUAUUUAUUAACAUAUCAAGAUAACAUAUUGUAGUCAGGCAACAUAUGAGAUCUGAAUAGGCAACAUUUCAUUCCAAAGUCAGUGUAUUUUCUCUCGCUUCAGCUCAAAUAAUGGCCGCAUUGAUUUCAAGAAAUGUUGCGUAAUUCUUUACGUGGUUGUGUCAUAUUUCUGUGCAUGCUUUCCAUUGAAGCUUGCAUCGAUACAUGCUUCAAAAUAUGUACAAAGUGCCAUCUGUGCUCCGUUUUGCAUACUUUGAUUUGGACUCAUACUCCAACCCUCCAAUUUGCGUGCUCGGAGCACAGUAGUAUAUAUUUUGACAAACACCCUCAGAGUUGUCCGGCAGCGCUUGUUCCUAUCUGAUAAGAAUGUUACCAUGCCUCUCUCUCAUUCACUUAUCAUCCCAGCCUUCCCUUUCAGGACUUGAAUGCCAGGGCGAUUGUUGCAUUGUCAUUUUUCUGAAGACACAAAAAGUUGUCCUCUGGCCAAAUGUGACAGAUUUAAUUUGUGGCAUCUAAUAUAUUCCAGGCCUCAACAGUUAAGCUAAAAGCCUCUCCGGAGAUUAAUAAUAAAGACGUAGUAUUUCUCUGUGACGCAUGUUGGCAAUUUAUCCAAGUAGCUGUGAGUGUUUUUGGAAAGAAUAGUAUUUUUUUGCUGUUGCCAUGGUCACAUUGGCAACAAGGACACAUAAUUGAUCAUAACAGGAAGAGUUGUGUUUAAAGUCAAACUCUGGGCUUGCCAGAGCACAACUGAUUCAGAUUGAAUGAUUGAUUCAUGAUGAUGAACUAUAUAAAACUCCAAACUAAAAGCUAAUGACUGGGUUACUGUUUGUUUGAAACAAACUAAAGCCUUGUCUGCAUUCAGUGUAACUUUGAAUAAGGACUAUGUGUGAUGCGUGUGAUAGGAGUCAGGCGCAGGAGAGUAAUACGCAUCCAAAAGGUUUAUUCCGUCGAUAAACAGUUGCGCAAGCAUGCGACAACAAAACUCAGGCACAGGGGAAAUAUCUACCCUGGCAACAACAAGGUAAGGGUAGCUCAACCGAGCUACACACAGCUCACAACAAACAAUCACCCACACAGACAUGGAAGCAGAGGGAACACUAAUACAAUGACUAAUUGGGGAUAAGGACCAGGUGAGUGUGUGAUUAAUUAGACAAGACUAGUGGAGUGAUGAUAAAUGGAUCGGCAGCAGCUAGUAAGCUGGUGACGACGAACACCGAAACCUGCCCGAACAAGGAGGGGAGGCAGCCUCGGCGGAAGUCGUGACACUAUGAGAUCAUGCUAACAUGAACCAUUAUUCUAUCACCUACAUUUUAGUAGUCAGGGACAAAUAAUUACUUUCUGCUGGUAGUGAGGAAGGAUACCUCUCUCUACCUGACCUGUGCCCACUCCCUAUCACCUGGCUAUAGGAUAUGAAUGGUGAUUUCCUGGCAUGGGCCUCCAUUGUAUGUGUAUAAUGAGAGGGCUAUCUGUUGAAAUGCAGUGUGAUUAGAAAGAUUCCAGGGGCAUGUAUUUACUGAGGGGGGGUGUAGACUGUUAGGUACUGAGAGGGGCAGGGGAAUAGCUGGGGUAAUGCAUGGGAAUAGGGGCUCACACACGUACACACACGCACGGACACACACACACACACACACACACACACACACACACACACACACACACACACACACACAGGGAAUUGCUGGGGAAUAGGGCAUUAGGCCGAGGUAGGUGUUGAAAAAAGGCUCAUGCACCUGAACACACUACUGCAUCUCCCUGUCCUUAGCCGCUGAAAACCUGCUCUACUCUCACUUAGCAGCUGUGAAGGGCAGACACCUGUGUGUGUGUGUGUGUGUGUGUGUGGGUGUGUGUGCUUUCACGUGCGUGUGUGUGCAGAGCAAUACUUUCAUCAGCAGUGUUAUAGGGGUCUUGGAGCAGGGGUCCCAAGGUUGAUUGCUCCUGCUGUGUGCAUUAGUUCCCUUAAUGCAGUGGCCAUGACUAUAACUGCAAGACAAACACAUACACACAUCCACCAUGACUCUAUAUAUACACACAUACACGGUUCCAUAUCCCUCCUAAAUAUUAUUCUUUUCAGAAGAGGAAGUUUGUUCUUAUUUGUUUUAUCCUUCCCCAAACUGUAUUUUAUUGGUUCUAAAGAGCAAUACAACCAGCAAUAAGGAGCAAUAAUAGUGGCUGCAGAUUCCUCUGCACACACUUGUGAUUAGGAUGCAUGAGAGGUCAUGAUAUGCUGUGAAAUAAUUUUAAUAUUCAGGACAAGCUCUCUCCCUGUCCAUCUCAAUGAACCAGCUUCUGUCAUGCACAGAGAAAUAUAAUUAUUGUCUUUUUUGAUGUCGCUGGUGUUUUCUUUCCCACCUCUCCUUCCCCUUACUAGUCUUUUUGUAAGAAAGGAAUAAUAAAAUAGCAUUUUUAAAGACCUAGGUUAGCAAAAGCCUUUGUGAUUUUUACGCCCGUCCUUUCAAAAUUCUCCACCCAUAAAACAUUCAGAGAGAAGGGAGAAUAAAUGGAAUUCUGACACCAGUGGUUUUAAACAGGUUUCACUCCUAAGCAGUGUGAACACACUGAGACUAAACGUUAAUUUUAACCUCUUCUUUCUUUACAAAUGAACUCUAACAAAGCAUCUGACAGAACACUAGAACACUUAUAUGUCGGGCCUCAAACGUGAGACAAGAAAUCAUCUUCUAAAGAUGCAUUGUGGGGACAUCAAGGGGAAACACAGUUGUUUGAGUGUAAAAUUGCUACCUGGUGUUUUCAAAGCUGCUUUCGUCCUGCUUCCCACACAGGGAGCUUAUGACUGUGACAGCGAAUUAGCGGCGAUCUGCUAGACCUUAAGGCAAAGUGAUAAUGACAGCCACAGUAAGACAUGACACACUCUCAUCUGAUCUCUCCCCCUUCUCAUAUCCUUCUGAUCUCUCUCUCUCUCUCUCUCUCUCUCUCUCUCUCUCUCUCUCUCUCUCUCUCUCUCUCUCUCUCUCUCUCUCUCUCUCUCUCCCCCUCUCCCUCCCUCCCUCCCUUCCUCCCCCCUCCCUCCCUCCUUAUAGAAGACAGAAGAAGACGACCUAGUGCUAACUCCAGACGGCUCCAGGGAGUUCCUGACCUUUGAGAUCCCCUUGAGUGACUUGGGGUCGGGAGGUCUGGGGGUCAGCGUCUAGGGAAACCGCUCCAAGGAGAACCACGCUGACCUGGGCAUCUUCGUCAAGUCCAUCAUCAACUGAGGAGCAGCCUCCAAGGUGAGGAGCACCCUGCUCUCUCGCCACCCAUUGGCCUAUUCUAAAUUACAAUGUUUACACUCCUCAAAGAGAAUGUGGUGCAGUAAGAAUGAAUGAUGACUGUAGUAGACUUCUGUUCUGUAUUGUCCUGUAUUAUCUGUUCUCCAAUAGUCAGUUAAUUACUCUCACGGACAUUCACUUUAAGAUGGUCAAAAUACCAUGUCGUUAUUGUAAUGAGCUGUAUAACAGGCCCAUUUACAGUGCAUAUACACGUAUAUGAUUACACUCUCUGUGUGGUUCACCAGGAUGGCCGACUGAGAGUCAACAACCAGCUGAUCGCCGUCAACGGCGAGUCGUUGCUAGGCAAGCCCAACUAG